GAGAGCGGCGCGCGGCGCGGGCGCUUCCUGGUUCGCGCCGCGGGGCCGAGCGGGGCUGAGCGGCGGCAGCGGAGCCACAGAGCCCGGCCCGGCCGCGCCCGCCGCCCUUCCCUGCUCGAGCCUGCCGCCGCGACAAGUGGGCGAAGAUGCCGUACGAAAUCAAAAAAGUGUUCGCCAGCCUUCCACAGGUUGAACGAGGCGUUUCCAAAAUUAUUGGAGGUGAUCCUAAGGGCAACAAUUUUCUCUAUACCAAUGGAAAAUGUGUCGUCAUCAGAAACAUUGAUAAUCCUGCAAUUGCUGACAUCUACACUGAGCAUGCCCACCAGGUUGUAGUUGCCAAGUAUGCUCCUAGUGGAUUCUACAUAGCAUCUGGAGAUGUCUCUGGAAAGCUAAGAAUCUGGGAUACUACACAGAAGGAACACCUACUGAAGUAUGAGUAUCAGCCAUUUGCAGGAAAAAUAAAGGACCUUGCAUGGACUGAAGACAGCAAGAGAAUUGCUGUGGUUGGAGAAGGAAGGGAAAAAUUUGGAGCUGUGUUCCUGUGGGAUAGUGGCUCUUCUGUUGGUGAGAUUACUGGGCACAAUAAGGUGAUCAACAGCGUGGACAUGAAACAAACGAGACCAUAUCGGCUGGCAACCGGCAGUGAUGACAACUGUGCUGCCUUCUUUGAGGGACCUCCAUUCAAGUUCAAGUUUACACUAAGUGACCAUACACGGUUUGUGAACUGCGUGAGGUUUUCUCCUGAUGGGAACAGAUUUGCUACAGCUAGUGCAGAUGGGCAGAUUUUUGUCUAUGAUGGGAAGACUGGAGAGAAAGUGUGUGCUCUUGGUGGAGGCAAAGCACAUGAUGGAGGUAUUUAUGCUAUUAGUUGGAGCCCUGACAGUAGUCAGUUGCUUUCUGCUUCUGGAGAUAAAACUGCUAAAAUCUGGGAUGUUGGUGCUAAUUCUAUUGUAAAUACUUUUAACAUGGGAUCAAACGUGUUGGAUCAGCAGCUGGGUUGCUUGUGGCAGAAAGACCACUUACUGACUAUCUCCCUGUCUGGCUAUAUCAAUUAUUUGGACAAGAACAAUCCAAAUAAGCCUUUACGUGUCAUAAAGGGUCAUAGUAAAUCAAUUCAGUGUCUUACGGUGCACAAAAAUGGUGGAAAGUCCUAUAUUUACUCUGGAAGUAAUGAUGGUCAUAUUAAUUAUUGGGAUUCUGAAACUGGAGAGAAUGAUGGUUUUUCUGGGAAAGGCCACACAAACCAGGUUUCUAGAAUGGCAGUGGAUGAAAUGGACCAGCUGGUCACCUGCAGUAUGGAUGACACUGUGCGCUACACCAACCUUAGCAAGAGAGAUUACAGUGGCCAGGAUGCUGUGAAAAUGGAUGUUCAGCCAAAAUGUUUAGCUGUGGGUCCUGGUGGUUAUACCGUAGUUUUAUGCAUUGGACAAAUUGUCUUGAUGAAAGAUAAGAAAAAAUGUUUUGCAAUUGAUGACCUUGGCUAUGAGCCAGAAGCUGUAGCCAUUCACCCCACAGGAAGUACAGCAGCAGUGGGAGGAGCGGAUGGGAAUGUCCAUUUGUAUUCAAUCCAAGGAACCUCUUUGAAAAGUGAUGAUAAAACUUUGGAAGCUAAAGGUCCUGUUACUGACCUGGCAUAUUCUCACGAUGGUGCCUUUCUUGCAGUCUGUGAUGCAAAUAAAGUUGUCACUGUCUUUAGUGUUGCUGAUGGCUAUGCGGAGCAUAAUGUCUUUUAUGGACACCAUGCAAAAGUUGUUUGCAUUGCAUGGUCACCAGACAAUGAACACUUUGCUUCUGGAGGCAUGGACAUGAUGGUGUAUGUUUGGACUGUGAGUGAUCCAGAGACCAGAGUCAAGAUACCAGAUGCUCACAGACUACAUCAUGUAAGCGGUUUGGCGUGGCUGGAUGAACAUACUCUGGUAACAACAUCCCAUGAUGCUUCUGUUAAAGAGUGGUCUAUCUCCUACAACUGAAAUAAGCCCCCUCUUUGGAAGGACCUAAUCAGGGACUAGAACUACUGCAGUGGAACAUAGCAUUUCUUUUAAAAAAAUCUGUAUUGGCCUCUGGGUCUGCUGUCAUAUCCUCAUAUCUUUACAGGGUGUUCAUAUCUGUAAUUAAAUGUACUUUGAAAGCUUUAGCGAAUAACAGUUUGCACAUGAAAAGCACUUAAAUUAUGUCUGGAGCUUAACCUUUGUGCUGAACAUUCCAGAGGCAACAGCCAAACAAGUUGGUGUGCAAGGUUCAGGCGCGAAAGAUUCAAACUCAAUCAGUUGUUCUUUUCUAACCAAGAAACAGACUGUACAGCAUGAGAGUAAUACUUCUCAUUUUUUCUAAUUACAGAACAUUUCUGUACUAACAGUCAUAGUAAGAGUAUUUAGUUGUGGUCUGAAACCAAUCAAGCUGUGUGCAGCUACUGUAUAUUGCUUUGCUUCUCUAUACUGCACCAAACUGUUGCCUCAGAUUUUCUCCUCCAGAUAAGAAGAUGGGGUACAUACAUAAUAAACUUUUUAUGUAUUUCAUGUCAAAUCUUUGUGGUUUAUUUUAAGGUGGAAGUGUGGGAUUUUAAUGUACUUACUGUUGUGGGUAUAAUGUUUACAAAUAAUCAUUGUGGCAACUUGUUGCUUCAGAAACACAAUUGUUACUUCCAUGAAUUAAGUCUUGUCAUUUCAGUGUCAGAGAAAAGAAAUCAUUCUGUUUUAAAGAUUAAAGAUAUUUUCUGUUUGAA